UUCCUGAUUGGUCGGUUCAUCACUGCUGCUGAUGUGGUCUUCUGAAGUUAGCCUCGCCGUCGCUCCUUUUCACCACGAAUCAUUUCACUCAUUUAACCUCAUUAGGAAUAAACUUCAACAAUGCCUUACUUUCGAACUUGGGAGGACUUUGCCCGCGCGGCCGAAAAACUGUAUCUGACGGAGCCCAUGAAGGCCAGAGUGGUGCUCAAGUACAGACACUGUGACGGCAACCUUUGCAUUAAAGUCACCGACAACGCUGUGUGUUUGCAGUACAAGACGGACCAGGCCCAGGACGUGAAGAAGAUCGAGAAGCUCCACGGGAAACUGAUGAGACUCAUGGUGUCAAAGGAGACGCACAGCGGCGCCAUGGAGACGGACUGAAGCGGUCUUCAAAGAGCGCGGGAGAGGACUAGAGUCGAGGUGGUUGCUGGGAGCACAGAAGCGAGGGAAGAUGUAAAGAAGGAAUGCUUUAACACAGUCAGAGAUGUGGUAUUUAUAUUCUUCAUUCUCAGGAGGUUUUUUUUUUUUAAUCCUGUUUGACAUCACGUCUGUGAUUGUGUUAAUUCAUCAGCACACGCUCCGAGGGAAGAUGGACAAAUGUGCUGCUGUUUUUCUUUUAAAGACCUCCAUUUUUUUUUCAUGUUGAUGUGAGCUGAAGUCGUUUAUUUUGCUGCUCUGGACAUGUUGUACAUAACUUGAAGCAGGACCUUCUAACAGCUUCACAACUUUAGUUGUUACAUCUUCAAUAAAUAUUUACUCACACUA